UUGGUGCACGGCCAUUCAUGGUUGCCGUGUGUUAUUCUACCACCUUAUCUUGAUACUGGAGUGUGUGUAACGACUUCACUGAGGUCAGUUGGGUGUGUUCAUAUAGAAUCACCUCUGUGUGAGUUCUCGUGCAUUCUACGGCCGUGAUAAUGCACCUAUGAAUAAGAAUUUAUCUGGCCACAGGACUUGCAUUCUAAAAGUUCCAGCAAAAAUUAUUUCAGACUUUUAAUUUGGAAUUUUCUAGCUCGAUCCUAGAAAGAAAAUCUAAGUCAACCCCCUACAGAUUGAAGCAGGGCUGAAGUGUAAUCAUAUCGUGUCUAUGCGAUAUCGACGAGUGUAGAAUCGCUGUGAGGACAGUAUCGAUUACUAGUCUUGGAGUGUAGAGGAACACUGUGAAGAAAGUAUCGAUUACUAGUCUUGGAGUGUAGAGGAAGAACGGCACCGGGCGCCAGACAUGGGGAAUCUAUGCUCGUCAGGGGCGGAGAGAUCGGAGAAGAAGGAAGAUGCACAACUUCCGGACAAACCCCGGGACGGGGAGGACGAGGCGCUGCUGCCCAAGGGGGAAGCGGAAGUGGGACCUGACGGGGUUCAAGUGUCGGUCACCGGUGGAGUGGGUGGAGUUGGUGGAUUGCUGGAUGGCGUUGUGAAGUCGGGUGAAACUGUCGCGGCUGAUGUGUCUAAGUCAGCCGAGCAAGAAACCAGCCAGCUGGUGUCCCACAGCCAGAGCGCCUUCACCAAGGUCGUUCAGGGCGGGAAGGACAGCGCCGAGAAGGGUGUAGCUGACGUCACGGCCAGUGCCAGUACUGCUGCUGCUGACGUGUCAAACAACGCCCAGACUGUCAUCACUGACACGAUGACCAGUUCUAAAAACGUGGCGGAAGAAGCGGUGUCUAGCGUGAAAGUGGCAGUUGAAGAGACUGCGGCUAAAGCUGUUGAUGGAGCGCAGCAGAAAGCUAACGAAGCCGUGGAGAAGGUCGAGGCUAAGGUGGAGGAAGUUGUUGAACAAGGGAAGCAAAAACUGGAAUCCGUCGCUGCCUCGGCUACUUCCGGGUUGUCGUCUGCCGUCAGUGGAGCUGUUAGCAGUGCUGAAACUGCUAAACAGGACGUUGAAACCUCUGUAGCCGAGACGACAAAGUCUGCUGGUGACAGUGUAGAAAGUGCUGCAGCCACUACCCAAGCUGCUGUAGUUAGCUCGGUGUCACAAGUUGAGGAAGUGAAAGCUGAAGCUGAGACCCUGGGUACGUCUGCUGCUGCUAACCUCGAGUCUGCCAAGAACGACGUCACAAGUCUGGAAGAAGAUUUCAGUCAGUCGAUGACGGAUAGUCUAGACUUCGCGUCUUCAGAGAGCAGCAAGGCGGAGAAAGGUCUGGCAGAGCAGAUCCUGGAACAAUUUGAUGAGGCCAAGGCUUCUGCCACUCUGGCUGCUCAAGAUGCCAAACAGGCUGCCGUGGAAUCUGUCCAACAGUCAACAACAUCCGCUGCUGAAACUGUAGAACAGGCAACAACAACCGCUGCUGAAGCUGUUGGGAACAAACUCGCUGAAGCAGCGUCUAGUGUUGGUGGAUGGGCACAAGAUCAAGUUGCGGCCGGACAGGAAGUGACGUCACAAGCUGUCGAAGAUGCUGAUCAACGUGUUGAGUCCACUGUUGAAGCUGUUGACGCCGCCGUGAGUGAAGCGUCAUCCGGCGUCCAGGUGUUGAAAGAUGAAGCGUCACAAGCGGUUGUUGCUGCCGUCGAUGCCACCGCCUCCACUGCUGACGACAUCGAGCAGGUGACCGAUGACACAACCCAGGUCGUCGCUGAUGCCGGAAGUCUUGCCACUGACAACAUCCAGCUGGCACCAGAACCCACAGAGCCCGUAGCAGCUGGGCUGGAGACACUUGCUUCUGAAGUUUUGGUAGCAGGCGCUGAACUUGCCCAAGAUGAAGUAGUGAAGGCAGCAGAAGAAUUGUCUGAAGCCCCAGCGACCAAGGUAGAGGACCAACCAAAACCAGAGGCUGAGCAAAACUUCUUGGACAAAGCCAAAUCACUUCUCGAGGCUCACAGAAACUCUAUCGACGAAUCCAAGGCUGUCAUUGAAGCAAGUAAAAGUGUUAGUGUGGAGAGCCAAGAUAGCUUUGAGGCACAGGAAGCAGCUCUAGCCCAGGAAGAGGUGCCUGAAAGCCUCAGCAGUCCAGCAGCAGACGCCAGUCUGGAAUCAGCAGACGACGAGCAGAAAGAAAGCCUGAGUGCGUCUUUAGAUCUGGACGCUGCCCAGGAGGCCACCGCCAGGGAUUUUGUGGAGUCGAUCAUCGAGAAGGCCACGAGCUUGGUCUCUGAGUCUAUGGGCCUCCAGGAGGAACCGAGCGAGGCGUCGAGUUCCUCAGAGGUCAGCGUGGAGCGAGGGGAAGAAACUCUGGCACCCAAGAAGAGGGGAGUGAUGUUUGCCUCACCCCAGAGGUCUGAGCAGUCCUCCUCAUCUCUGUCCUCCCCCCAGGAGCUCUCUCCCCCAGCCCAAGAAUCUGACACCUCCCCUCAGGAGUUCUCUCCCCCACCCCCCCAGGAGUCAGAUAUCUCCCCCUGCACCGACAGCUCCAGUAGCAGCAUUUCACAGGGUGACCUUGUCGACAAGGACGAGCUUCUGACCCCGCCAACCUUGACCUUCCCUGUAGACAACAGCGUGCACGAGAACAACAACAACAACAACAUCGCCAACAACAACGCCGAGGACGACGACGAGUCCAUCCAGCGGGUCGCCAUGGAGGUCACGGCCAAGGCCGUUCAGGACGCCAUUAAAAUCGUCACAGAGAACGGCACGGGAUCUGUCCUCAACAGCCAGUCCGCCCUCAGCAACGACCUUGGCAUCAGCUCGCCCUCCAGCCAGGAGAACGAGGAGGAGGAAAUGACCACCACCGACUCCAGCCAAGUGGAACGGGGCAGCCCAGUGUCAGACAUCACGGACACAUCUGCCCAGGGCAGCGUGUCCGAGUCACUGUCCAGCUACGACCCUGGGGCUGUGUUUCGCCAAGACGUCGCCAACCUAGCCGACCUCGCGACCUCACCUGUCGACUUUGGCGUGCCCGAGGCUCCAGACAGUGCCAGCCUGCCUUCCAACGGUGCCAUCAACGUGGAGGACCUCAUCAGCCCCGAGGACAGCCUGUCUUCCCCCGUCAACACCCCCACCCCCAACAAUGACUCGAGCUUCGACUCCUACCCCACCCCUAGCAACCCAGUAAACAAUGACGUCCAUUGUAACUCGGACGACAACCUCCCCCAGCCCCCUCCCUUCUCCGAAGUGCCUUCCUCCCUGUCGUUCGACGAUGACGUCACCUCCCCCUCCCCUUGCAAACCAACGAUCAUCAUCAACUCCCCAGAUAGUGCCCACCACACCAACGGAUCAACCGAAGACCUAUCAGCAUCACAAACUGAAGCGUUGAUCUAAAACUGUUUAUCAUCACAUUAUAGACUAUCAUUCUAUAUUUAUCAUGGACUCCUAUGGACUCUCUUGUGUAUGUUCUCUAGAGAUCCGAGUCGUAAGAAUCUAAAGCUCCACACUACAGUAGCAUCUCUCUACCACACUACAGUCGCAUCUCUCUACCACACUACAGUCGCAUCUCUCUAGUCACUCACACAGGAACCACCACACCUGCACACACCUACAAGGAUCGAGUCACCUGACAGUCGCGUGUGCUGCCAGACACAAGUUCCAGAACUCUACAAGUGCAAUAUGACAUUAGCCAGAUGAUAACAGCGCCACUAGCUACAAGAACUAGGAACUUUUUUUCUGUGGACUAUUUAUAAACCAAAUGUAUUGCCACACCCUUCAUGUAAUGGUGUUUGUCACAAGUUCGACGAACUGUCACACUUUUUUCACGUGUCAUUUUAUACAGACAUUUUUUUCUAGGUUGUUUAAAUUACCAUAAUAAAUUGUCAAUUAUUUUUCAAGCAUGCGUUAACUGGACUGUUUCAUGUGUCUAGCAUACUUUGACUGGACUGUUCGCCUGUGUUAAGCAAGCAUUGACUGGACUGUUUGUGUCUAGCAUACAUUGACUGGACUGUUUACCUGCUAGACUGUUUAACAUACCUACCAAUAAUACUCAGCAUUGAGCUACAAGAAAAGUGUGACUUCUGGCACUUUCAGGAGUGUUGACGUUGUAUCUUAUUCAUACCGGUACUGUUUGAACGUAUGCAACACCAUUAUUUCCUCCCUAGAUUUGAACCAAACCAUCUCUCUUACCUCCCAUCUUACCAUCCAGCUAACAUAAUGCAUACUGCUACUAUCAUCAGCUAACAUAACAUUUACUGCUACUUUCAUUUUUCUCGGUCAUUGCGCUUUUUCUUCGGUAUUGCCAAUGUUGAGUAAAUAUUGAUUUUUAUCAAAGCAUUAGAACGCGUUAGGAGUGAUUGAUUUUUACAAAAAAAACAUAAGGCGCUAUUUAAAAGUGUCAAUGUAGUGCAUAUUCCCAUAGGCUAGCUAGGACAAAUGCAGAAAAUUAUAUAGAGCGUGUUAGGUGUCAGCUAGUUUUAAACAACAAUCUUUGGUUAAAAUUGAUUUGAAUGUAUCGAUGAGAGUCUCUUCACAUUGAUUGGCAUCUGGAUGACAUUACAUCUUUAAAAAGUUCUGCUUUUUUAAUUAAUGAAAUCAAUUUUUUAAGCGAGUUUGAAACUUAAGUAGAGUAGGUAAAGUAGAUCAGUAGGUCACACCCUUGAAUUCACUCAUCUUUUCCGUGUAAACCUAGAUACACCACUGUUUCUAGAACCUGAGUUAUGCUAGUAGCGAAUUACCCCACUGGAAAUACAGAAGCAAACAGUAGCAUACUGACAAAGUCUGAACAAACUAAUCUAGCAGAGUGGGACACUAAUCGGAAAUUAAACGAAAAACAACAACCAUUUUUUUUUUCGUGGGAUUGAACGUGCUGGUUUUUUAUCGACCCGAGUUAAUAAAGUUUUGUUUCUUGGCCUCGUUCUGAAAUGUCAGUCUGAUUGUUGUUAUUGUUUUGUUUUUUAUUGCGUGGUGGACAAAUGCUGAGGUCGUUUGUACAGAGGGAACAUGUCAGAUAGGGAACUUGUCAUACAGGGAACACAGGGAACUUGUCAUACAGGGAACUUUACAGGGAACUUAUCAUACAGUGAACACUAGGAACUUGUCAUACAGGGAACUUGUCAUACACGGAACUUGUCGUGUACAGGGAACUUGUUACAUAGGGAACUCACACCGGGAACAUACCAUACGUGUUUUCAAUGGAACCUAUUACCCAAUCUAGUGUUGACAUUGUUACAUAGGGAACCGUAACUUGCAGGGAACCCACUUGUACCGGGAACCUGUUAUAGAACCUGUUAUAGAAACUCUUAUAAAAAAAAGUUUUGACAAUAACCCUAGGUUUGUGUUUACAUUCUAUGGUACAUGAUGCGUAUGUAAUUUUUGUUUUCACUCUUACAUAUGUAUGUAUGUGUUUAAUUUAUGUCAGCUGCGUAUGUCUACUUUAUAAUAUGUACAUAGUUAUUAUGUUGAUUUCACUACUAAAUUACCUAGCGCACUAAUUAAACCGGCUAAUCUCUAUAAUAAUAGUUUCGCUGUCUGUCAAGAACGCUCUGUCUGACAAGAACGCUCUAGAGAAAACACAAGCAAAAUAAAAACAUGCACAGUAAUUCGAAAAACGAAAUAUGACGUCGACACAUUUAGCGUAGAGUAGAACAUAAUCUCAAACCAGAGAGUGCACAC